CGCUAAUCCUCGCAGGUGCUUCCACGUAAAGAACCGGAAAUCCUCGCUGUACGUUGUCAACGCGCAUGCGCACGUCUGUAGUGUGUUCGACCUCUACUUCAGACCCGACAUUAGUGUAAGUUUUCUGCGGCGGUUGACCUGACCGAGGAGCUCCUUCGUGAUGUAUGCCUGUGCUAAGUUCGUCUCCACGCCCUCUCUGAUCCGUGCUGGAUCUCGGGCCCUUUCCAGACCGGUUUCAGCAUCAGUCCUGUCGGACACCUGGAGAGCAGAGACUGCUCCACUGCUGGCACCCCAGAGCAUCGCAGCCUCCCAGCAGCAGGUGGCGGUGCGAGCUUUCCAGACCAGCGCCGUGAGCCGAGAUAUUGACACAGCCGCGAAAUUCAUCGGAGCCGGAGCUGCUACUGUGGGAGUAGCUGGGUCUGGAGCUGGAAUCGGAACGGUUUUCGGCAGCCUCAUCAUCGGAUAUGCCAGGAACCCCUCCCUGAAGCAGCAGCUCUUCUCUUACGCCAUCUUGGGCUUCGCUCUGUCUGAAGCUAUGGGUCUCUUCUGUCUGAUGGUUGCUUUCCUUAUUCUCUUCGCCAUGUAAACCAGUUUGGCAGCACAAUGUCAGCAAGAGUCUGAACAGCUGGAUGAUUUCAGCUCCACGUUGCUCAUUCUUGUCAACGUCUCUUUGAAGAAAAGGGAUUCUAGCGGUGUAAAGAUCUCAGCUAAACUUUAAACAUUUUAAAAAUGGCUCCUGAAGUAUUGUAUAUUUAAUCAUUUUUGUUAACAUGCAACCAGUACCACAAGUAAAACAUUUAAUUCUGUACA